GUUACGAGUCACUACCUUAGCUAGGUACCUACAGAGGUACGUAAAAGCCGCUGUUACGGUACGGUAGGAGAUUACCUAAGGUAUUGUACAAUACGGAUUACCGACUUUAGAAACGGGGAUUCGGAAUUUAGAAGCUGUUUAGAUAAGUUUAAUCCCGUAAUCUGCGGCCAACCGCAACCAUAUUCUUUCCGAACCAUACACAUGCUACAUGCUGACAUGGUGCCUACGAAGUGCGUGUUAGACAAAACAAUCCCUCACAUCGCAUUCGUGCCGCAUACUGGCCUUUACUCGGAUUGAGCGGAAUCCUUUCCCCGCCCUCCGACGCUGUAACCCACCUAAGACCUAAGAGAAAGGCCACUUAGGUAGACAACCGGCCGCGCUUCGUUUUGUUUUUUUUCUUUCUAAAGCCUUUCGGUAACUAGAAUUACAUAGCAGACGCCGGUCACGUUGAUUACAUGCGUUCCUACUCGCUAUGCUGUCCUUAUGAUGUGAAAUUAGAUAUUACCUCCUUCGUGCUUCUUUGGUUUCCCUUCUUUGGCAAACGAGCGAGUACCUUUACAUAGACUUAGACAUAUAUAGCCCUCUUCACUCUCCGAACAGCCAAUGGCUAGGAAGAACGCCAAACCAGCUGCUACCAUGUCCAAUGAGCAGACCCCGCUGUUAAAGCGCGACGGCGACGUCGUUGGGAACGGGACACCCGCAGGUAUUCCCGCGCCCCGGUCCCGCGAUGCUACCUCCGAGCCACGGCGUCCGCCGCAGGCCAUAGCUCACCGAGGCUACAAGGCUUUGUUUCCCGAAAACACGAUGCUAGCAUUCCGGGCGGCCGUUGAGGCCGGCGCGCAUGCUAUCGAGACCGACCUGCACUUGUCCAAGGACGGCGUCGUCGUCCUGAUGCAUGACCCUAAGCUCAAGCGCUGCUUCGGCGACGACUCCAAGGUAAAGGACCACGACUGGAGCUACCUGAGCAAGCUGCGCACGGUGCGCGAGCCCCCGCAGCCUAUGCCGCAGCUCGUCGAACUGCUCGAGUAUCUGAAUCAGCCCGAGCUGCAGCACAUUUGGAUCAUGCUUGACAUCAAGAGGGACGACGACCCAGCCACGAUCAUCAGGCGAACGGCGGAAACACUAGAUUCGGUUCCGGGAAUUCGGCCGUGGCAUGAGAGGGUACUGCCUUGCUGCUGGACUGCGGAAUACGUAAAACUAAGCAAGGAAUUCCUACCUAGAUAUCCAGUCGCACACGUAGGCUUCUCAACCACAUAUGCCCGGGCUCUAGCAAAGCACGAGCCCGGCCUAUCAAUCAGUCUUCUAUACUACUCCCUAGCGCUACCGGCCGUCGGCGCGCGAUUCAUCCGAGAUGCGAAGGCGGCGGGACACCCGCUGCAUUCCUGGACCGUCAACGACGAGGACCGCAUGGAGUGGUGCGUCCGCAAUGGACUCGACGGCGUGGUUACGGAUGAUCCGAAGCUAUUCCUUGAGGUGUCUGGACGCGUCGCGGAGGAGGCGAAAAACGAGGCCGCGGCGGUUAGUAGGAAAUUGUCUGGUGUGCCCUUGUCUACGCGCGCGUGGCGCGUUUACGAGUGGACGCGAUAUAUACUCGUCUUGUUCGUCAUUGUGAAUAUUUAUCUCUUCAGGUACGGGCUGCCGCGGACACAGGUGCCGAAAGUGUUGGGCAAGUAAUGGUUGUCGACUCUACUAGGUGCUACGCGUGCGUAUUUGGGAGUCGCUUCUUUGGGCUAUGUAUAGAUGGUAAUGACAGACAGAAAGAAAGAUGGAUAGAUAGAUAUUUGAGAUGGGAUCGGCGAUAUACGUUGGUAUACUUUAGGUAGACUUGGUAAUGUGGGAUGGGGCUUAGGUUCGGCUUAUCCCUUGGAGUUACUGGUAAGAGUUUCGUAAGACGUGAGGACCUGGGAUGGAAAGAAAUAUAAGGGAAGAGUGUUGGUGGAUGAAUAGAAUAUUGGGUACUUAUCUCGUUAACAGGAUGUAUGAUAGAGUCAUCUAUUUACCUUACCCUCUUCUGGAAGACGUUCGUAGCUAGCUAAUGAUUCUAUAUAUGUCGAUGAUAUAUAUGUCAGGUAACACUAGCGCCGAAGACGAGCUCAAGAUCUGG